AUGGGACUAAAUAGAGCAGCAGCCACGAUUGAUGACUGGAUAUUCUCCUACGACAAGAUUCCUGACCCCAUUCUGGUGUCGUGUGGUGUCGAUGAUAGCUUGAACAUGACUGAGGAACAGUGCCGUACUGACAUCAUUCCAUCACUACGUGUAUUCGAAGGUCACGACAAUAUGACAGAAGAAGUGGAUUUAGCGAUGAUGUAUUGGGGAAACAGAUCGCAAGCAAUCACCUUCAGCAAAUUUGUUAAACAAUACGCGCUAAGUUUCUAUUGGUCUGCUCUGACACUCGUUACAUUGGGAGAACAGCCAUCACCAAACAACACAUUUCAAAACUUAUUCGAGAUUUGCGACACAUUGCUUGGCCUAGUCCUAUUUGCGGUUAUCGUUGGUGACGUCGGUAAUAUGGUAACCACAAUGAACAUGAAGCGCUCUGACUUUGAAGAAGUCCUGGAUGGAUGUAAAAGCUAUAUGAUAUACAGGAAAGUCCACCGUAUUCUUCAAAGAAAGACUAUUGAAUACUUUUCUUAUACAUGGGCUCAUGGUGGCGGACAAGUGGAUGAGGAGCAUGAGGAACCAUAUGAGCUUGAGUAUGACGGGCAAAUAACCUCAAGUUUGCAGGAAAUCGAAGAAUUCCUACCACAGCGACUCUAUGCCAACGUACGAUCAGUUGGUUAUUCGGAUCUUUAUGUGCUCAGCAAAGAUGAUUUAUGGACGGCCCUUAGAGAAUACCCAGAAGCUAAAUACUCACUUAUGGAAAAAGGGAAAAAUAUUUUGGCUAAGGAUAAUAUGCUAGAAGAGGUAGCUGACGAACAAGAUAUUGAACAAGAUGCACCUAUUGAGGAACAACUGGAGAGUGCAGCUAGAAUAAUCCGCGAGAUUGAAGCACAACUGGAUGAAGCUGAGAAGAAUUUCAAGGAUUCUACUUCAAGAACCAAACACAAUCUAUUCAAGUUAGAGCAAGAAAUGGAUGCAGAACUCAGAUGGAUAAAAGCAGAGACACAUAUGGCUGGUAGACCAAGAGCAGCUUCUCACAGAUGA